CGCCCAGGUCAGCGGAGGCGAGAAGCACCGGCCCCCGUCCGCCGUCGUCACACCUACACCCGCCGCGGCUCGGAUCGGAGACCAUACUCCCCGACCCGUUCUCCGGUGUUUUCCCCUCGGAGGAUUCCGUCGAAGGCCUGCGAAGAUGGGUUGGGGGAUAUCCCGGUUGAUCGGACUGAAGGCUCUAGUCUUGCUCUCCGCGGCGUAUUUCGUUCACGGACUGGGCAUGAAGCUGCUCGCUUUGCCCCUCAUAUACGCGUGCAUGAUUGCGCUGCUUGUUUCCAUUGCUUCCCAUCCGUCGAUCGACCUCCCGCUGCUCCUCGGCAAGACGUCCAGCGGAAGCUUCCCCCUGUGGUCGUGGAUCAUGUUCUCGCCGUUCCUGCUUUUCAUCCAUCUCUUCAUGCUGUUCCGGAGAUUUGUGAAAAAUGAGCCCCUGUACACCGAGAUAGCAGACGGGGUGUAUGUUGGAGGCUGGCCUUCUUCAGUUGAGCGCCUGCCACCUGGUGAACCUGCAGUUAUCGAUUGCACGUGUGAGCUGCCGAGGAGCUCAACUGUAACUGAGACUUCAUACUUGUGUGUCGCUACGUGGGAUACAAGGGCGCCUCAACCAUCGCAGAUCGAGUCAGCCGUGCGAUGGGCCGUGAGGAAGCGGUCACAGAACAAGCCUGUGUAUGUUCACUGUGCCUAUGCUUACAUCUAGAUAUAUUGUUGAUAAACACAUCUACUGCCUUAAGGUGGAUAAGCCGUUGAGUUGUAUUGUAAGUGGUUCUGAUUUUCAUUUCUAGGUUGUGGUUAUUUUAGCAUUUCAACAUGAAGAUAAGCUGCCCUGCAUACGUUGUAGGCUAAAUGGUAAAGAUAUAUGGCAAUCUACAAUAAAUCAUAGUCAUAUAUAGGUCAUCAUAUACCUGUGAUUACGAGGUUUAUGCAUAUACAUGAUGAAUAUUACAAAUAUAAUUGUAAUGUCAUACAUUAUCUCAAGGGCCUGUUUGACCUGGUUUAGUCUUGGGACUUGAAAAAUAAGCUUAAGCACCCAUUCAGUUUGAGUUUGGUUAUAAGUUACAAUGUUUUUUGAGAUUAGCAUUAUGUAUACAACAUUGUGUGUAUUAAGCUUAUAGCUUUAAUAGCAUGUCCUUUUGAAUAAGCCUAGGCCAGUCCAAAUAGUCUUAGACUGUUUGCAGCUGUUCAAUAUUCAAAUUUAAGUUAGCUUUUAUAUCAAGUAUAUUCUGAAUUCUACAAUAUACAAUGGGGAGCAAGUUCUUUCCUUUUCUGGUACACUGAUCUCUUGCAGCUCAUCAUGUAAGUGAUUUGCUAAAUUGU